GGCUGCCCAUGGGGCCUGGUGGAAGGAAGACAGUCUCUGAGGUCUGGAACUCAAGGGUGGGGCUGUCCCCUGAGCCUAUUCUGUCCCUAUCUCAAAGAUAGCAUAAGUGGCCACCUGCACCCCCUGCCAGACCCUGGGCUUCACCUGGAGAUCUGAUCCCUAGCCAGCCUGACUGUCCCCCUCUGUGACCACUGGCAUCUCCCUAUGCUUUCUGUGUUCCCCAGCCCAGCCCAAAGUGUAAAGUCCGCAAGGUCCCUGCUGGCCAUUUGCAGUGGUUCACACCUAUAAUCCCAGCACUUUGGGAGGGUGAAGUGAGAAGAUCCCUUGAGCCCAAGAGUUCAAAACCAGCCUGGGCAAUGUAAGGAGACCCCAUGUCUAUUAAAAAAAAAAAACAAAGGAAAGCGCCUGUGUGACCUGGGCUAAGCGGAUGUUGGCCCGCUUUUCUGUGGUGCCUCAGAGGUGUUCACCUGCUUCAAGAUGAAGCUGAACAUCUCCUUCCCAGCCACUGGCUGCCAGAAACUCAUUGAAGUGGACGAUGAACGCAAACUUUGUACUUUUUAUGAGAAGCAUAUGGCCACAGAAGUUGCUGCUGGCGCUCUGGGUGAAGAAUGGAAGGGUUACGUGGUCCGAAUCAGCGGUGGGAACAACAAACAAGGUUUCCCCUUGAAACAGGGUGUCUUGACCCAUGGCCGUGUCCACCUGCUACUGAGUAAGGGGCAUUCCUGUUACAGACCAAGGAGAACUGGAGAAAGAAAGAGAAAAUCAGUUCGUGGUUGCAUUGUGGAUGCCAUUCUGAGUGUUCUCAACUCAGAUUGUUGAGAACAAUAACUCAGGUUAUUGUAAAAAAAAAAAAAAAAAAAAAAAGGAGAGAAGGAUAUUCCUGGACUGACUGAUACUAUGGUGCUUCGUCGCCUGGGGCCCAAUAGAACUAGCAGAAUCCGUAAACUUUUCAAUCUCUCUAAAGAAGAUGAUGUCUGCCAGUAUGUCGUAAGAAAGCCCUUAAACAAAGAAGGUAAGAAACCUAGGACCAAAGCACUCAAGAUUCAGCAUCUUGUUACUCCACAUGUCCUGCAGCACAAACAGCGGCGUAUUGCUCUGAAGAAGCAGCAUAUUAAGAAAAAUAAGGAAGAGGCUGCAGAAUAUGCUAAACUUUUGGCCAAGAGAAUGAAGGAGGCUAAGGAGAAGCACCAGGGACAAAUCGUGAAGAGACACAGACUGUCCUCUCUGCAAGCUUCUACUUCUAAGUCUGAAUCCAGUCAGAAAUAAGAUUUUUUGAGUAACAAAUAAGAUCAGAUUUGCAAAAAAAAAAACCCACAAGGCCCUGUGUGACCAGGCCUCUGCUGACCUUCCCACCUCAUCUCUGGCCACUCAUGUGCUCCUCCCAGCCAGACUUAGCUACUUGAAAUUCUCCAGAAGUACCACCAGUUCUUUACACAUCUGUUCCCUCUCCUGGCACUGCUCUUCCCCACAGCCUCCUGCUUAACUCCUCACACCCUUCCAGUUUGGCCAACUCCUUCCUGACUGCCUGGGUCCCCCUCCCCAUCUUGGCAUUGUGAUCAUGACUUUGGGGUAACCUGUCUCUUGAAAGCAGGGCCAGAUCUAACUUAGCUAUGAGGUCUGACUCAGGGGCGAGGGUAAUUUUUUUUUCUUUUUUUGAGACGAAGUCCCGCUCUGUCCCCCAGAGCGUGGUACGAUCUUGGCUCACUGCAACCUGCAGUUCCCCAGUUCAAGCAAUUCCUGUGCCUCAGCCUCCCGAGUAGCUGGGAUUACAGGUGCUUGCUACCCGUGCCUGGCUAAUUUUUGUAUUUUUAGUAGAGAUGGUGUUACACCAUGUUGGCCAGGCUGGUCUCGAACUCCUGACUUCAAGUGAUCCAUCCACCUCGGCCUCCCAAAGUGCGGAGAUUACAUGUGUGAGCCACCUCGCCUGGCCUAAUUUUUUUUUUUUUUUUUUGAGACGGAGUCUCACUCUGUCGCCCAGGCUGGAGUGCAGUGGCGCGAUCUUGGCUCACUGCAAACUCCGCCUCCCGGGUUCACGCCAUUCUCCUGCCUCAGCCUCUCCGAGUAGCUGGGACUACAGGCGCCCGCCACCACGCCCGGCUAAUUUUUUUGUAUUUUUAAUAGAGACGGGGUUUCACCGUGGUCUCAAUCUCCUGACCUCGUGAUCCACCCGCCUCGGCCUCCCAAAGUGCUGGGAUUACAAGCGUGAGCCACCACGCCCGGCCAAUUUUUUGUAUUUUUAGUAGAGAUGGGGUUUCACUAUAUUGGUCAGGCUGGAUUUUUUUUCUUUUUUGAGAUGGAGUCUUGCUCUGUUGCCCAGGCUGUAGUGCAGUGGCAUGAUCUUGGCUCACUGCAACCUCUCCUGCCCGGGUUCAAGCGAUUCUCCUGCCUCAGUCUCCUGAGUAGCUGGGAUUACAGGCACCCACCACCACAUCUGGCUUUUUUUUUGUUUUUUAAGUAGAGAUGGGGUUUCACCAUGUUGGCCAGGCUAGUCUGGAACUCCUGACCUCAAUUGAUCCACCCGCCUCGGCCUCCUAAAGUGCUGGGAUUACAGGCAUGAGCCACUGCACCCCACCAUGAGGAUAAUUUUUGAGUAAGGGGAUGUAUCGGGGACCAGGCAGCCUUGUGACCUUGUCUUGUGC